AUGCCACCCGGAGACCUGAACAGCGACGACCAUCCCGCCCCGCAGAAGCCCUCGGAUGCGACGCAUCAUUUUCGAGAGGAUCUGCCCAACGAAACCGAUGGUUCUCUCACCAACCUCUCCAAGGUCGAAGUAGCCGGGUCGGGCAGUGAUACAGGAUCCGGCGCACCCGCCGAUAAAGACGACAUCACGUAUCCCAGCGGUGUCGCCCUCGGAAUCGUCGUGGUCGCCCUAGUACUCAGCGUGUUUCUGUCCGCGCUCGACAUUGCGAUCGUCGCGACGGCCAUCCCCAAGAUCACGGACGAGUUUCGCGGGCUCGACAAGACGUCAUGGUACGGCGCCGCCUUCUUCCUGACCUCGGGCAGCUUCCAGGCGCUGUGGGGCAAGGCGUACAAGUACUUUGACCUGAAGAUCACCUUCCUGGUCGCCAUCGCCAUCUUCGAGCUCGGCAGCCUGCUGUGCGGCGCCGCUCCCAACGCCAACACCCUGAUCGCCGGCCGCGCCGUCGCCGGCGUGGGCUGCGCCGGCAUGGCCACCGGCGGCUACGUCAUCAUUGCGUAUAUCGUCGAGCCGCGGAGGCGGCCCUCGUACACGGGCAUCAUCGGGGUUGCCUACUGCUUUGCCUCGGUCGUCGGGCCGCUCGUGGGGGGCGCCAUCACGAGCACGACGACGUGGAGGUGGUGCUUUUAUAUCAACCUACCCAUCGGCGCGGUCACCGUCCUGAUCAUCCUCUUCUUCUUCCGCACCCCGCCCGCCGCGAAGCCCGUCCCCGCGAGCUGGAGGGAAAGGUUCCUGCAGGCCGACCCUAUCGGUGUGAUCCUCGUCAUGGGCGCACUGGUCUCGUACAGUUUGGCCAUGCAAUACGGGGGGCAGGCCGAGGCUUGGAACAGCAGCGAAGUCAUCGGUCUGAUCGUGGGUUUCGUUCUCAUCGCCACCGUCUUUGCCGUGUGGGAGUGGUACUCCGGCGAGCGAGCCAUCCUCCCCUUGCGCUUGCUCAGGCAGCGCCACGUCUACCUCGGCGGCGCCUAUGCUUUUCUGUUUGCCGGGUCUUACUAUCUCGUCAUCUUUUACCUUCCCCUCUAUUUCCAGAGUGUCGAUGGCGCAACCCCCAUCAUGUCCGGCGUAUACAUCCUGCCUCUGAUCCUGGCAGCCACCGUGGCUGUCGUCUCGUCCGGGCUCUUCAUCACCAAGACGGGCCACGCCGUUCCGCUCCAAGUGUGCAGCUCCGUCAUCGCCUGCAUCGGGUCCGGCCUGCUGUACACCCUCGACGUCGACGCCUCCCUGGGCCGGAGCCUCGGGUACCAGCUCAUUGGCGCCGUCGGUUGGGGUGCGGGGUUCCAGAUCCCGACCAUCAUCUGCCAGGCGCUUGCUCAGCCCGAAGACAUCCCCUCCGUCACCGCCAUCAUCCUGUUCUUCCUCAACAUCGGCAGCGGCAUCCUUCUCAGCGCGGCAGAAUCCGCCUUUGCCAACACCAUGGUCGCGUCGCUGCCCACAACGGCUCCGGGCGUGGAUCCCGCCACCGUGCUGCACACGGGCGCCACCAUGCUACGGUCUGUCUUCCCCGCCGAUCAGAUGAGGGGCAUUCUCGAGGCGUACAUGGCGGGGAUCAAGGUCGCCUUCGCCCUGGCGAUUGCCGCGAGCGGCCUUGCUCUCGUGACUGGCGCGUUGGGCCGUUGGAAGCGCUUGGAUCCCGAGGCGGCCAAGAACGCGGUAGUGCCUGGUUGAUACCAAGUAGCAUGAUGCGGCAUAUACUUGGGUAGGCGGCCCUGCUUAAGAAGUCCCAGGGAUAGAUAACGGGAGUAGAGUGGUGGAAGUGAGCAGAUGAGAC